ACCGAUGCGUGUUGGCUUUGAAAGAAGAGAGAGAAAGAGCAACGAUAGGGAGAAAUAGAGAGAGAGCAACGAAAUAGUGGACUGAGAAGCUUCAUUUGAUCGAGAAUUCGCCGCUGUCACUCGCAUAGACACUCUGAUGCCCCAAAUGAAGAUGGUUCUAUCUCGUGUGUUGCAAUAUCAUUCUUCUCGCUCUAAAUUCUGCAGUAUUGCAUGUUUAUCUACAAAGGGAAGAUUAUUCUCAACUGGUUCUGAUCACAUUCCUGGCAAAAAUAUUGAAGAACCCGUGAAAGUUGAAGAAGCAGAAACAGUAAAUGUUUUGCCACCUCCGUCAGAGAAGCUACUAGUGUUGGGUGGAAAUGGAUUUGUCGGUUCACAUGUGUGCAGAGAAGCUUUGGAACAUGGGUUAUCUGUCAGUAGUCUUAGCAGGUCUGGAAGAUCAUCUGUACAUGGGGCUUGGGCAGACCAAGUCAUAUGGCACCAAGGAAACCUUCUUGUACCGGAGACAUGGAAGGAUGUGCUGAAUGGGGUAACUUCUGUGAUAUCUUGUGUUGGUGGUUUUGGCUCAAAUUCAUAUAUGUACAAAAUCAAUGGGACUGCAAACAUUAAUGCAAUUAGAGCUGCUGCAGAACAAGGUGUGAAAAGAUUUGUGUAUAUCUCAGCUGCUGAUUUCAGUAUAGCAAAUUUUAUCUUACAAGGAUAUUAUGAGGGAAAGAAAGCUGCAGAAGUGGAACUAAUGUCGAAAUUCCCAUAUGGAGGAGUGAUUCUUAGACCAGGCUUUAUUUAUGGAACCCGGCAAGUUGGGAGCGUGAAAUUGCCUCUUGGCGUUAUUGGGUCACCAAUGGCGAUGAUUCUCCAACAUGCAAAGCCACUCAAUCGUGUCCCACUCAUUGGGCCACUCUUCUUACCUCCUGUGAAUGUGACCUCCGUUGCAAAGGUUGCGGUUCGAGGCUCGACUGACCCCGCAUUUCCUCCUGGCGCUGUAGAUGUCUAUGGCAUAAUGCGCUUCGCGCAGCAAAAUUGACCACCUCUUUCUCCCUCUCUCUCUCAAUGCAAUUCAAGACAUCCCAUCCUAGCAUGCUUUUUGUUAACCCAAGAGUGGAAUCUUUUCUUGUGGGUCGAUGGAGGAUCAAACUUUUUUGAAUGUUUGGUGCAAUUUAUGUCUUCAUAGCAAUAAGAGGCCUUAGGCUGUAUAUAUAUUUGUUGAGACUUUUUGUUCUAAAUUUUAUGGAGAUCCACCCUGAACUGACUCAAUAAUCACUCUUGUAACGAUCGAUUUGCUCUACUUGGCACUUUCAAGUGCAAUUGCUGUUUAACCUA